AUCAUGUGGCGAGGCGGGGUGCUUUUCGGACUAUUCUGUCUGAUAUCUCGAGCCCCAGGACAAUUGUCUCCAGUCAGUGAAAUACCUUCUUCCCAGGCCGGUGACAAAAUCAAUAUCGAUGAUGGCACACAUAUUAUGUCUUUGACUAUGUGCUUAGCUCAACUAUCUUGUAUGAACGACAGGUAUACUCUACGAGACGUUUCACCAGUACGUUUAGAACCGGAAUCAAGAUUGAUUCGACCAGCUGUACACAUGUCGUCUUGUCCGAACUCUGGUCGUUUGUUCCGUACAGCUGAUGGCUCCUGUAACAACAUCCAACGACCCUCAUGGGGACAAUCAUUGGAGCGAUUUAAACGUUAUGUGGAUGCAGAGUAUGCUGAUGGAAUUGGGGCCCCAAGAAUUUAUUCCAGUUCUGGACGUUGUAAAUGGCCUAGGCGUCGAAGAUGUCUAUUACCUAGUGCUAGAACAGUCAGUAUCAAAGUUCACACGCCAGUUACCCACAUGUCACAACACUCGGUGAUGCUCAUGCAAUGGGGACAAUUUCUGGACCAUGAUUUAACUGCAUCAGCCAUUCAACAACCCGAAGAAAAUGCUUCACCGUGCUGUGAUAAUAGAAGGGCUAAAAAAGGAAAACUUCACCGACACUCCUUUAAAAAAAAUAAAAGAUGCUUUCCAAUACCUAUCGUUCAAAAACCUGCUGAUCGCUUUUUUAAGUCUAAAUGUUUAGACUUUAUCCGAUCUCGCUCAAUUAACCCCAGAAUAAACCGUAGGAAUCCACGAGAACAACAGAAUCUAUUGACACCUUUUGUGGAUGGUUCCAAUGUUUAUGGCAGUGACCAGGAAACACAAGAUCGUCUACGAUUACCUAACGGUCGUAUGAAGACAUCGAAAGGUGAUUUAUUACCAAAAGGUAGAAAUGGAGACUGUAUCAGAAAGAAUGCACCAUUCUGUUUCGAUGCUGGUGACGAAAGGGUACAUGUGUAUCCCGGAUUAACAGUUUUACACACAGCUUUCGUCCGAUACCAUAAUUAUAUUGUUGAUGAUUUAAAACAACACAAUACAGGGUGGGAUGGGGACAGAUUGUUCCAGGAAACCAGAAAAAUCAUCAGUGCCCUUCUACAGAGAAUCACCUACACGGAAUUUUUACCUGAAGUUUUAUCCGAUGCCACCAUGAAUCACUACAAUCUAAAGGAGGGAAACGACAACUACCAGUACAACAUCAACGUUAAUCCAAGUAUCGCAAACGUUUUUGCCGCGGCAGCGUUUAGAUAUGGACACUCUAAAAUUCCCGAUGCUCUAGUUAUAGACGAUAAGGUAGUUCCAACUCGAAAACUCUUCAAUGAUCCACAGUUUAUUUUCACCAGUUUGAAGUCAGUUGUUGAAAAUAUUCUAUCCGACCCAGCUCAGCUCAGAGAUCGUUUCCUGUCCGAACAAAUCACAGAUCACCUGUUUGAAUCUGCCAUGGGAUCGUUUGAUUUGGGUGCCUUUAAUAUCCAACGAGGUCGAGAUCACGGUCUACCACCUUACAACACCUUUAGAAAAUUCUGCAAUUUACCUGAAGCCAACAACUUCAACAGUGAACAAUUCGAGAAAACGGCUCGAAAACCUCUUAAAAAGACAUACAAAAGUGUUGAUGAUAUUGAUGUAUUCGUCGGUGGUAUGGCAGAACAAAAUGAAAAUGGGUCGGUUCUUGGCCCGCUCUUCAAUUGUAUCUUGGGCAGACAAUUCAGCGAUUUGAAAUGUGGAGACAGUUUCUGGUAUGAAACAACAGACCAGAAACGAGGAUUCUCGAAAAAUCAACUUAAGGCCAUUAAGAAAGUUUCUUUGUCUAAGAUCCUGUGUCAAGUUUUUAACUUGGCUAAAAUCAAAAAAAAUCCUUUCCUGCACAAGGGCAAGAAAGUCAGAUGUAAGAAACUGACAGGGUUGGACCUUAGUCCCUGGUAUGAACAUUAAAUGAUUUAAAGCAACUUUGCUAACGACGUUGGAUGGCUCCAUAACAAUAACGUUGCGAACGACGCUAACGUCUAUAACAACACCACUGAUGACGUCAUAUUCAGCAUAUCGUACUGGCUUCCAUGUACAUUUCUAUAAUGAUCUUCUCAUCCAAUAAAUUAUUUUAUUACAAUUUCGA